GCAGGGAAGCGCAUGUCGAGGUAUAAAAGAAAUAGAUAUCAUGUUUUAAUGUCUAUUAUUGUUGUGCAUGCAUGUGUGGAUAUUGAAUUGAUAUUUUUGAAUAUUCAAAUGCAUUUUUUGCAUUAUUUGGACUUGGUCCAAACACAAGCAUUUGAAGUAGAAGGUAUUCUCUAAAAAAUACACACACAUCUCGUAUCGCACUCCAAGCUCGUGCAACAUCUUCACAUAUUUAAGCUUGUUGAUCUUUCCAUAAUUAUUAUUAUAAUACUUGUUCUAUUUUAUUUUCCACUGCAUCAUGUCAUGAUGCUUUAGCUUGUAAUGAGGUUGUUCAAACCCUCAACUUGAACUAAAAAUUGCAUGGAUCUUUGAUCUAUUUAAAUUGAAGGAAUUCACAUGAUGGUUCUCUUAGCCUCCCAAUAUUAUUAGGGAGCUAAAAUAAAUUACUCAAUUAUAUGGAAAUUACACAUAAACACACUUGCAAUUUAAAUCCUUUUUGUUUCUAGAUAUUUUUUAGUCCUGGCCUAUUCUCCAAUUCAAGUUGUGGAGCUUUGAUAUAUGUGAGAGUAGCCACAUGCAAAUUUUUGCCUCAAUCAGAAAUUAUUUGAGGGGAAUCUGUUCCUCUAUUUUUCUUUUCUGAAAAAUGGGAAUCUGUUUAGCACUGCGCGGUGGGCCGGCCCCAGUGGGCGCAGCAGCACCCAAUAGCCCAAAUAGUGCCAGCCGGCCCUAAUUGGCUAAACUGGCUGAACCGGCCAGCUGCAACCACCCCCGCUAACCACCCUAGGCGCUAGGGGAGAGCGUCUGCUCGAUCCCCCAGUCAGUCCCUUCGUUCGAUCCCCACGUCGCCGCCGCGAAGGCACGUCGCCCGCUACAGCGAGCCGCCGCUCUUCCCCGUCAAGCUCCCUUCCUUCCCCUCCUCCUAGGUCGUUUCCCUCUUCUUCUCCUUACAUGGCCUCUCUUCCCUUGCACCCUUAUUUUCCUCUGCAGCUCUCCUCUGGAGACUGGCGCCCAUGGCAACCAUCGGCUGAGCAACCACGCAUAGUGUCGUCGACCCCCAUCUCCAGCAGCAUUCCGCCCCCUCUGUCCUGCUUCGACUCCACCCCUUUCAUUCAAUCCCUCUUUCUCUGCCUCGCCACGCCGGCCGGCAACAUGUGAAGGGAAGCAGUAGCCCAGUGAUGCAAUCGGUUGUGCUGCUGCUGUUGUCUUUACUGAUUUCCGAGGCUUCUUCCUCUACCGAGUUAAUUUAUUUAUUUUCUUCCUUCUAAGUAAUUUCUUUGUUCCCUUCUGGAUUUCAGGCUGCUUGUUGAUUCUCUAUGUCGUACCGUACGUAUAUAAACUGGUCAGAUUAUAUGUGAAAGAGCAAGGUGGGGUUUUAACCCUAACCAGGCUAGUACAAUAGAUUGCUACGUAUAAGUGAUGCAUUACCGCACAUCCUCCUUCGACGAUCCUCUACUCGUGGACCAGCGCUGUCGCCUCCAUGAUCCUAUUCGUGUGCAGCGCCGGAGCCUCCCCAAUCCCGAUUCAUAUAGCAAAAAUUAGUGUGGCAGAUUCGUCAUAGUACAGAGGCACACAUCUAGGCUGGGCAUCCUAGGAUCGAUCAAAGCAGGGUUCUGAGCAGUCGAGGAGGACAUGGCGCCUGAGUAGUGCAGGACUAAGUCGAGGAGUUGCGGGUACGAGCGAUGGAUGUGGAUGCCGGACGUUGCUAUCGCUGUUGGGCACCGCCGCUGUGACCUUUGGGUUCGCAUCUCGCUGUGACACCAUGUUUUCGUCAGUGUUAGAGGCCGGCACCAUGGGCAUGCCGUGGUACCUCGAACGGAGCGGACUGAGCGAGUACUUUCUGAUGUACAUAUACGACGCGAUUCGUCGGCCCGUACUUUCGGCUAACAAUACACACAUACGUAUUGACUGAAGAUCCUACGUGCCAAGCUAGCUAGAGCUAGCUGGAUGGAUUCCUGGGCUAGUUAGGACAUGCACGCUCGUGUAACACCACGAUGCCCGCUUGAUCGAUCUUGAGGAUACACGCAUACGACAUACGUAUUGACUGGGAUCCUAAGUGCCAAGCUAGCUAGCUGCUGGAUGGAUUUCUUGGCUAGCACACGCAUGUUUUGUAACACCAUGACGCUGGCUUGAUCAAUCUUGAGGCUAGCUAUGUACCGAUCAGCAACGCGAACCCUCUUUUAUAAUGGACUUUUGGUUGGGCUGGACUUUUUCUCAAAUCUUGGAGUAGGUAAGGUGCAGCGGCCGAUACAGUAUCGAAUAAUCCCACCUCGUAGGAACCAGGCAGAAGACCACAUACGGAUGACGCAUCACGGAUGAAAACCAAAGAAAAAAAGUAACGUAGGACCAACUAACUAAGCGAGAAGAAACCAAGAAUAUCACCUCUCUUUAGAAAUCAAGAAUAUCACCUUCCUUUAAUAAUAGGUAUAGAUAUAAAUAUAAAUAUAAAUAUAUAGAUAUAGAUAUAGAUAUAGAUGAUCUCCAGUCUUUGCCUGCCUGAAGCAGUGAGGCAUACAGUAGCUCAUUCCAUGUGUCCGGCACGCCGGGCAGGCACAGUCCUGCUUGGUCGCGGCCGCCGCCAGAAAUCUUUUGUAAUGGAAUGUAUUUGUGUUCCUUUCCAAAAAAAAUUAAUCGUAAACGUCCCCGCCCCGUCCCCCGUGUUCGUUUAGUAGAAACCCUAACUUAAAGUGCGGCGGCGGCGGCGGCGGCGAGCAUACUAGCGGCAGGCCUGGUUAGCAAUCUCAAUCCCCAAAAAGGAGAGAUCGAUGGCGGCUGGAGGCGGGGGAGGCGAGGUGCUGACGCCUCGUGAGUUGGCGAUGGAAGAGAUGGAUCCGCAGCCUGGCGUUUUCUCCGAAGCAGAGAUCCUGAGGAUGGAGAUUGCGUCCCUGGUGAACUUGCUCAGGGAGAAGCAGUCUGACGUUCUUUCGCUCGAUCCUGAGAUGGUGAUUAGUCUGACGUUCUUUCGCUCGAUCCUGAGAUGGUGAGGAAAAUCACGUCCCUGAGGAGCGAGAUCGCGUGCCAGAAGUUGGCAAGGAGGUUCCAGAGGUCAAACGCACAGUGCCGCGGAGGCGUAAAAAGUUCUCUGCAGUGCCGAGGGUCGGGCAGAAGAAGGAGAUCAUGGCCGAUCAGGAGAGCAUGGAUCUGCCCAACUCCGAUACGCAGAGUGUGAGCUCCCAAGUCAGUUGCAUCUCCGAGCAGAUGCCCGAGCGCUGCCAACACAAGGAGAUCGACUCGGAGAGAAUCAAACCAGCCUCCAGAUUCGAAUCCAACUUCGAGCAUGUGCAUUUACCCUACGGUGGCGAGGACGAGGGGGGGCGCGUAAACGGCCAAGUCAGUUGUAUAUUGGAGCAGGCGGAGGCCUUGUGCGACGAGAUGGCAUCUAUUCUGGGCAAAACCUCCUAUUACGAUGUCUCCAAUCUGUUUCACAUGGCGUAUAGAUUUCUGAACAUCUCCAGGAGUAUAUACGAUUAUACCUGCAAUGCUGAUAGACAGACGGCUGACCAAUAUGCUGAGGACCAGAGGACCAAGGAGCAUGUGGAGAUGACUGAUCAGGUGGACAAAGGCAAAUCCAGCACCCACUGUCUUAACCAGAGGAGCAAGGAAGAGGUGGAUGAAUCUGCAACAGAUUUGACAAUGGACCUUUGUAAAUCAAACAUGGAGACGCACCAGAUGGCUGCUGAUAGCCAGAUGACAGAUGACAAAGAUGAACAUUUUGUGGCAGCAGAUCUGAUAAGUGGUCUUUCCAACCAGAUGACUGUGCACUGUUAUGAGAACCAGAGUACUGUGGAGUACGUGGAGAUGAUUGAUCUCACGGUGGGCAAAGGCCAAUCAAGCACGGAGACGCAUGCGUUGAGGAUGAUGGACCAAGGAAAAUCAAGCAAUGAAGGCAAAUCAAGUAACGAAGGCAAAUCAAGCACGGAGACGCGUGCGUUGAGGAUGAUGGACCAAGGAAAAUCAAGUAGUGAAGGCCAAUCAAGUAACGAAAGCAAAUCAAGCAUGGAGACACAUGCCUCGAGGAUGAUGGACCAAGGCAAAAAAUCAAGCUUUAGGAUGGUGCUGGAUUGCGAUGAGAAUGGUAUGCCCAACUUGUGCAAAUAUUACGAGAUGCUCGAAUGUGAGGAUGCGGAGGAGGAAGAUGAGGAGAUGACUCCGAAGGUUGUAAGGAUGUAUAACAAAUUCCGUAAGGAGCUAUUAGAGAUGGAAGCUGGCUUACGCAAGGACCGGGAGCAGGAUCAAAAGGACAGGAUCAAAAGGACGCGCUGAGGUAGGAGCAUGAUCAAAUUGACACACCGAGCUGUUACACAAUGGACCCGAUCCCCUUCUCACUUCAGGACGAGGCAAAGGAGACUGAGGAGGCGGAGGAGACGGAAUUCACAAAAUCAGACACGGAGGAGAUGGAGAUGGCGGACAAGUUGUUUGCUUUAGGGCGUAAAGGCUGGGAAUCUGCAUGGGGAGACGACUGCGGUAACUUCGAAGACAGGACCGUAUUGAGUCCUAUGCACUUUACAUAUUGCACGCCGGGACUGAUCCCGUAUGCUGCUCGCACUGUGAGCACCUUGCAAAUCUACUCCGUGAAGAUUGUUGGAACAGAUGGAAAGUUGAAGUUGCCACUCCAUGUUUA